CAGUCCUAAAUGGGGUUCUAAAAUUAACUCACAUGAUUAAUAACCAGAAGAAAAUCCAAUGAAAAAGGUGCUAAUGUAUCUGGUGUCAUCAGGAAGGAUUUGCUCCAUCUCUUCUCCAUCAUCCGGUCCGGCGUCACAGAGAAAGGGAUGACGGAGGUGAGGGUGGAGGGGCGAGCGGAUAAAGAGAAAGAGAGAUAAGAGAGAGAAAGAGACAGAGCUCAUUUCAGAAGUUACCAAAGACUUCACACUCACUGACAGAGCAGGGGAAGAUCAGCAGAGAAGUCCUAGCAUCUCCUCAGGGCCACAGCAACCCCUCCGCGGGACAGAGUAGAGAGACAUUAUUAGGGAGAAUUAGAGAGACACAGAUCAUCUUUUAGAGUGUUUCGUGGUGUGUUUGUUUGUCCCGCUGCUGCUAUGAGCAGGGUGUUGAUUCUGUGUUUGCUCCUGAUGUCCAUGAGCUGCUGCAGAGGUGCCGUCAUCACUGGGGCGUGUGACAGGGAUGUGCAGUGUGGUGUGGGUCUCUGCUGUGCUGUGAGUCUGUGGCUUCGAGGUCUCCGCAUGUGCACACCGCAGGGGCUGGAGGGAGACGAAUGCCAUCCAUACAGCCACAAGUUUCCUUUCCCCGGCAAGAGACAACACCACACUUGCCCCUGCCUGCCACAUUUGGUCUGUACCAGAUACGCUGACAACAGAUACCGCUGUACCAGUGACUUCAAAAACAUAGACUUUUAACAGGAGAAAGAGUGCGCGAAAUGAGGAAUGGAGGAGUUGAAUACUUGAAAAAAAGAAAGCAGGACAGCACAAGAAGAUUAACAAGUGCCGUAGCACCUCUCUGCUCAUUUUUCACUCUCAUGCACUUUGCACUACAAAACUACUUUUAUCCAGCUUCUCCAGAAACGCUGAUGUACAUCAUCUCCAGCAGCACAAGGUCUACCUCAGAAUCAUUGGUUUACCUUGGCAUCCACCACACAUAAACACACACACAUAUAUUAGUUAGUUUCAUUACCUGACCUUUAUGUUGAAGAGUAUGCAAACAGACAUUUUGUAUGAAAUGUGCUUCAGAGAGUGUCAUAUUUCUGGAUGAAUUCAUCUUCAAUAUGCUGUGCAUUUGUUGACGGCUUAGUUAUUGUAAUU